AAGUGAAAAUUAUUUGCAUUUGUACCCUAAUGUGAGUUGGACAGUUUGAAAGUUUUAGAAUAAAGGUUGAUAACUAAUUUGUCUGAACACUCAAACAUAUUGAAAAUAUUUAAUUAAAUUUCUGCUCUUGCUGAUAAAUAAAAUAAUUUACACAAAGAAUUACAUCUAAAAAGAUUAACUCAAGAUGCCUAUUCUAUAUUCGGCGAUUGGCAAGGGAUCGACAGUGUUGUGCUUCUACCAGCAGUCGUCGGACAGCAGUUACGACGUCCUCGCCUCCAACAUUCUCCCUAACCUGUCCUCUGUCGCCAACGCAAAAACUUCAUACACUACUAAUAAUAAAUUGUUAAAGUUGAUCAUUAAUGGAGGGUGUAACAUUACAAAACCUGACAUAACCGAGUUACGCAUCAAAAUAUGUGACACAAAACAAGCAAAAUGUGACAUUGUAACAAAAAAUGACGUGAAGACCAAGUUCCUCUCCUCGAAUCUGCUCGACAGGGUGCAGUAUUCAGUCGAGAACGAACUCAACAGAGAUUUUGGUCCCGUGCUUGCCAACCUCAUGGAGAAGUACAGCAAUCCAUCUACGUACCAGACGAACAGCCACCUUAGCAGCGUGCAGGCGCAGGUGGAUGAGGUGAAGGGGGUCAUGACCCGCAACAUUGAGGCCGUCCUUCAGAGGGGGCAGAGCCGUUGUAUCAUUGGAUUGCAGCCGUGGUAUCAUUGGAUUGCAGCUAUGGUAUCAUUGGAUUGCAGCUAUGGUAUCAUUGGAUAUCCACAAAAACUGUUGAAAUAUUCCAAGAAAGAUUUGUUAUUUGAAUACUUUCCACGAUACCUGAUACAUGUGUUGUCGUGA